CCAUGAAGCAUCCCGUGGCUGCUGCUGCCCACCUCCUGCCUGUCCUCCUGCUCCUGGAGCUGGUCUCUCCAGGUCAGGGCAAUCGCCUGCCCUACUUCAUCAACUACUUCUUUGACACCUACCUGCUGAUCAACGAGGACACACCUGUGGGUUCCUCAGUGACCCAGCUGCUGGCCAGGGACCUGGACAAUGACCCCCUGGUCUUCGGGGUGGUCGGGGAGGAGGCCAGUCGCUUCUUCGCCGUGGAGAGCACCACCGGCGUGGUGUGGCUCAGGCAGCCCCUGGACAGAGAGACCAAGUCAGAAUUCACAGUUGAAUUUUCUGUCAGUGACAGCCAAGGGGUGAUCAAAGGGACAGUGAACAUCCAGGUGGGAGACGUGAACGACAACGCGCCGCAGUUCCACAACCAGCCCUACAGCGUCCGCAUCCCAGAGAACACCCCCGUGGGCACUCCAAUUUUCAUCGUGAACGCCACGGACCCAGACCUGGGGGCAGGAGGCAGUGUGCUCUACUCCUUCCAGCCCCCUUCCAGCUUCUUUGCCAUCGACAGCGGCCGUGGCAUCGUGACAGUGAUCCGGGAGCUGGAUUAUGAAGUCACUCAGGCCUACCAGCUCCAGGUGAACGCCACGGACCAAGACAAAAACAAGCCUCUGUCUACUCUGGCCAACCUGGCAGUCAUCAUCACAGACGUGCAGGACAUGGACCCCAUCUUCAUCAACCUGCCCUACAGCACCAACAUCUACGAGAACUCGCCUCCGGGCACCACCGUGAGGAUGAUCACGGCCGUAGACCAGGACAAAGGACGUCCCCGGGGCAUCGGCUACACCAUUGUGUCUGGUAACACCAACAGCAUCUUUGCACUGGACUACAUCAGUGGAGCCUUAACCCUGAAUGGGCCCCUGGACAGGGAAAAUCCUUUCUACAGCUCUGGAUUUGUCCUCACAGUGAAGGGGACAGAGCUGAACGACGACCGCACGCCCUCCAACGCCAGCGUCACCACCACCUUCAACAUCCUGGUCAUCGACGUCAACGACAACGCGCCCGAGUUCAACAGCUCCGAGUACAGCGUGUCCAUCCCAGAGCUGGCCCAGGUGGGCUUUGCCCUUCCCCUCUUCAUCCAGGUGCAGGACAAGGAUGAGGGACCCAACAGCGUUUUUGAGGUUUACAUGGUGGGCAACAACUCCAACCACUUCAUCAUCUCGCCCACCUCCGUCCAGGGGAAGGCGGACAUCCGUGUGCGCGUGGCAGUGCCGCUGGACUUCGAGACCAUUCCCCGCUAUGAAUUCUCGCUCUUCGCAAACGAGAGCGUGCCAGACCACGUCGGCUUCGCGCGGGUGAAAAUCAACCUGAUCAACGAGAACGACAACCGGCCCGUGUUCAGCAAGGCCCUCUACAACGUCAGCCUCUUGGAGAACACCACCGUGGGCACCACCGUCGUCCAGGUCCACGCAACUGACAACGAUGUGGGCACAUUUGGGAAAGUCAGCUAUUUCUUCAGCGAUGACUCUGACCGCUUCUCCCUGGACAAGGACACAGGUGUGAUCGUGCUGACAGCUCGGCUGGACUUCGAGAGCACGCAGCGCUACACCCUGACCGUCAUCGCCCGCGACGGCGGCGGCGAGGAGACCACGGGGCGUGUCAGGAUCAACGUCCUGGACGUCAAUGACAACGUCCCCACCUUCCAGAAGGAGGCCUACCUGGGGGCCCUGCGGGAGAACGAGCCCUCUGUCAGCCAGGUGGUCCGGCUCCGGGCAUCUGAUGAGGACUCCCCUCCAAACAACCAGAUCUCCUACAGCAUCGUGCAGGCGUCUGCCUUCCGCGACUACUUCGACAUCACAGUGUCGGAAGGAUAUGGAGUGAUCAGCGUGAACCACCCCCUGGACUACGAGCAGCUGCCCAACGGGGUCAUCUACCUGACGGUGAUGGCCAAGGACGCCGGCAACCCGCCGCUCAACAGCACCGUCCCCGUCACCAUCGAGGUGUUUGAUGAAAACGACAAUCCCCCCACGUUCAGCAAGCCCUCCUACGUGAUAACCAUCAUGGAGGACAUUAUGGCAGGAGCCACAGUGCUGUUUCUCAAUGCCACGGACAUGGACCGGUCCAGGGAGUACGGACAGGAGUCAAUCAUCUACUCCCUGGAGGGCUCCUCGCAUUUUCGCAUCAACGCUCGCUCAGGAGAAAUCACCACAACCUCGCUGCUGGACCGGGAGGCCAAAUCCGAGUACAUCCUCAUUGUGCGGGCAGUGGAUGGAGGCGUGGGGCACCACCAGAAGACAGGCAUUGCUAUGGUGAACAUCACGCUGCUGGACGUCAAUGACAACUACCCCACCUGGAAGGACGAGCCCUACUUCAUCAACCUGGUGGAAAUGACCCCUCCCAACUCGGAUGUCACCACGGUGGUGGCUGUGGACCCAGACCUGGGGGAGAACGGCACGGUGGUGUACAGCAUCCGGCCUCCCAACAAGUUCUACACCCUCAACAGCACCACGGGCAAGAUCCGCACCUCGGGCGUGCUGCUGGACCGGGAGAAUCCCAAUGCCCAGGAGGCCCAGCUCAUGCGCAGGAUCGUGGUGUCCGUCACUGACUGUGGGAGGCCACCUCUGAGAGCCACCAGCAGUGCCACAGUUUUUGUCAACCUGCUGGACCUGAACGACAAUGACCCCACUUUCCAAAACCUGCCCUUCGUUGCCGAGAUCGCUGAGGGCCUCCCCGCGGGCUCCUCUGUCUUCCAGGUGGUGGCCAUCGACCUGGACGAGGGCCCCAACGGGCAGGUGUCGUACCGCAUGCAGGUGGGCAUGCCCCGCAUGGAUUUCCUCAUCAACAGCACCAGCGGGCUGGUCACCUCCACGGCCGUGCUGGACAGGGAGAGGAUCCCUGAGUACCUGCUCAGGGUGGUGGCCAGCGACGCCGGCGCGCCCGCCAAGAGCUCCACCAGCACCCUCACUGUCAAAGUUCUGGAUGUGAAUGAUGAGAAUCCCACCUUCUUCCCUGCUGUCUACAACGUGUCCCUGCCCGAGGACGUGGCCCGGGAUUUCAAAGUGGUGCGGCUCAACUGCACGGACGCCGACAUCGGGCUCAACGCUGAGCUCAGCUACUUCAUCACAGGUGGGAACCAGGAUGGCAAAUUCAGCGUCGGCUUCAGGGACGGGGUGGUCAGGACAGUCGUGAGUCUGGACAGGGAGACCGUGGCAUCCUACACACUGAUCGUGGAGGCCAUUGACAACGGCCCCACCGGGAACCGGCGCACCGGGACCGCCACCGUGUACGUGACCGUGCUGGAUGUCAACGACAACAGGCCCAUCUUCCUGCAGAGCAGCUAUGAAGUCAGUGUCCCCGAGGACAUCCCAGCUGCCAGCAGCAUAGUGCAGGUGAAAGCCACGGAUGCGGAUGAAGGCAUUAAUGGGAGAGUGUGGUACAGGAUUGUCAAGGGAAACGAGCACAACCACUUCCGCAUCAACCCCAGCACGGGGCUGGUGAUGCGAGGAGUGCGGCACCUGGACAGGGAGCAGAACUCCUCCCACGUGCUGGAGGUGGAGGCCUACAACACGGAGCAGGGGCCCAUGAGGAGCUCCGUGCGGGUGAUCGUGUAUGUGGAGGACGUCAACGACGAGGUGCCGGUGUUCACCCAGCGCCAGUACAACCGCUUGGGGCUGCGGGAGACGGCGGGGAUCGGCACCUCGGUGGCAGUGGUCCGGGCCACCGACCGAGACACAGGGAGCGGGGGUCUGGUGAGCUACAGAAUCGUGUCGGGCGCAGAAGGCAAGUUCGAGAUCGACGAGAGCACGGGGCUCAUCACCACCAUAGACUACCUGGACUACGAGACCAAAACCAGCUACCUGAUGAACGUCUCUGCCACGGACCAAGCGCCCCCCAACAACCAGGGCUUCUGCAGCGUGUACGUUAGCCUGCUGAACGAGCUGGACGAGGCCGUGCAGUUCUCCAACAGCAGCUACGAGGCCGUGAUCAUGGAGAACACCCUGGGCUCCGAGGUGCUCCGCGUCCAGGCGCGCUCCAUCGACAACCUCAACCAGAUCACCUACAAGUUCGACCCCAACACCAACCCCCAGGCGCUCUCCCUCUUCAAAAUCAAUGGGAUCACGGGAGUGAUCACAGUCAAAGGCCAGGUGGACCGAGAGAAAGGGGAUUUCUACACCUUGACGGUGGUGGCUGAUGAUGGAGGACCAAAGAUUGACUCCACAGUGAAGGUGACCAUCACAGUCCUGGAUGAGAAUGACAACAGCCCCCAGUUCGACAUCACCUCUGACUCGUCUGUCAGCGUGGCUGAGGACUGCGCCGUGGGCAAGAGGGUGGCCCUGGUGCUGGCCCGAGAUCCAGAUGCAGGCAGCAAUGGCCAGGUGACUUUCUCUCUGGCAUCGGGGAAUAUCGGCCGUGCCUUCGAGAUCCGCACCACCAACAGCACCUACGGCGAGGUGUUUGUGGCGCGGCCGCUGGACCGGGAGCUGCUGGAUCACUACACCCUGCGGAUCCAAGCGUCGGAUGGCGGCGUUCCCCCGCGGAGGAAGGAGCACAUUCUGCGGGUGAACAUCCUGGAUGUCAAUGACAACCCCCCUGUCAUCGACAGCCCCUUCGGCUACAACGUCAGCGUCAGCGAGGGCAGCCUCACCUCGUUGGAUCUGCAGCUCCACGAAGCCAUGAGCCACCUGCAGGGUGUGGGGCUUGCCGUGCCCUUCCCUGCUGACCUCCAGGGCGUAGCAGCAGUAAUUCCCGCUGUCCUGCAGCGUCACGUUCAUCACCACGAUGUGGAAGGCGCCGUGGCGGUCGAGGACGAACUCCACGCCGUGGUGGCCACUCUGCCUGCCCGGGGAGGGUUUUUGGGAGGUGUUGUGGUGCCUGCCCAGGUCGCGGUGCAGCUCCCUGUCGGUGGCCUCUGCAGAGCCACCGCACGCUCUGAGCAGCCCCGCAGCCGCAGCCGGACUGGGACACACAGGAAAUUUCAUUGCGAUUCGCAACGCAGCGCUGCCGAGAACAGCGAGCACCCCCCGGAGGCCACCACCACAGUGUAUGUCACCAUCCUGGACGAGAACGACAACGCUCCCACCUUCCGGCAGCAGCUCUACGAGGUGACCCUCGACGAGGGUCCCUCCACCCUCAACGCCACCCUGGUCACCGUGCAGGCCCUGGACCAGGACGAGGGACCCAACGGCACGGUGGCCUACGCCAUCACUGAAGGCAACAUCUUGGGUACCUUCCACAUCGACAACGCCACGGGGGAGAUCCGCACGGUGAAGGAGCUGGACUACGAGAUCAGCCACGGGCGCUACACCCUGGUGGUCACCGCCACCGACCAGUGUCCCAUCGUCUCGCGCCGGCUGACGUCGACAGCCACGGUGCUGGUGAACCUCAAUGACAUUAACGACAACUGUCCCACCUUCCCGCGGCCCUACGAGGGUCCCUUCGAUGUCACCGAGGGGCAGCCCGGCCCUCGUGUCUGGACUUUCCUGGCCCACGACGGGGACUCGGGGCCCAAUGGACAAGUGGAAUACAGCAUCAUCGCCGGGGACCCCCUGGGGGAAUUUGUCAUCUCGCCGGUGGAAGGAGAGCUGCGGGUGCGGAAGGACGCUGAGCUGGACCGCGAGAACAUCCCCUUCUACAACCUCACCAUCGCCGCCCGCGACCGGGGCGUGCCUCCCCUCAGCUCCACCAUGCUGGUGGGUAUCCGUGUGCUGGACAUCAACGACAACGACCCCGUGCUCCUGAACCUGCCCAUGAACAUCACCCUGAGCGAGAGCGCCGCCAUCUCCAGCUUCGUCACCCGCGUGCUCGCCCGCGACGCCGACCAGGGCCCCAAUGCCCUGCUGACCUUCGAUAUAACAGCAGGGAACACGGACAAUGCCUUCUACAUCAACAGCACCAGUGGCGUUGUGUAUGUGAACCGCCCGCUGGACAGGGAGCGGGUGGCCGAGUACAGGCUGACGGUGACGGUGAAGGACAACCCCGAGAACAUCCGCAAUGCCAGGCGGGAUUUUGACCUGCUGGUCAUUUCCAUAGCGGAUGAGAACGACAACCGCCCCCUCUUCACCCAGAGCUCCUACCAGGCUGAGGUGAUGGAGAACUUGCCCCCUGGGACUCCUGUCACAAUGCUCAAUGGACCCAUCCUAGCUCUGGAUGCUGACCAGGGCAGCAAUGCCGUGGUGACCUACGAGCUCCUGAAGGCAUCCCCGGACCUCUUUGUUAUCAACAACAGGACAGGCGUGGUUUCGGUGAAGCCCGGUGGUGUGAUCGACCGAGAGGCUUUGCUGGACCCUCACCUGGAAUUCACGCUGGUGGCUCGUGAUGUGGGGGGGCUGAACAGCACGGCCAGGCUGGCAGUGACCAUCCUGGAUGACAAUGACAACCGCCCUGUCUUCCAGCCGGCAUCCAUCACCGUGCGGCUGUUGGAGAACAGCCCUCCAGGCUUCUCCGUCCUCCAGGUGACAGCCACGGACGCUGACAGUGGCCUCAACCAACAGCUGGACUACCGCAUUGAGGGUGGUGGCCAGGACAGGUUCCUGAUUGAUGCCAGCACGGGGGUGAUCCGCGUGGCCAACAUCACCAUUGACCGCGAGGAGCGCGACGCCUACCGGCUGACGGUGGUGGCCGUGGACCAGGGCACGCCGGCGCUGUCGGGCACCGCCACCGUCAGCAUCCUCAUCGACGACGUCAACGACUGCCGGCCCGAGUUCAUCAACCCCAUCCAGAGCGUCAGCAUCCCCGAGUCUGCUCCCCCUGGCACCGUGGUGGCCGAGGUGACGGCCAUCGACAGGGACCUGCACCCCCGCCUGGAGUACUACCUGCUGGGCAUCGUGGCCCGCGAUGACACGGACGCGCUGGUGCCCGACCAGCAGGGAGCCUUCACGGUGGAUUUCAGGACAGGAGCUGUGAAGGUCAAAACUCCCCUCAACCGUGAACUAGUGGCCACCUACGAGGUCACCAUCUCUGUCCAUGACAACGCCAGCGAAGUCAUCGACCGCUCGGUCAGCGUGCCCAACGCCAAGCUGACAGUCAACGUCUUGGACGUCAAUGACAACACACCCCGCUUCCGCCCCUUCGGGGUCACCUACUUCACUGAGCGGAUCCUGGAGGGAGCCACGCAGGGCACCACGCUCAUCUCCAUCUCAGCAGUGGACCCAGACAAAGGUGCCAAUGGGCAGAUCACCUACGAGCUGCUGAACCUCUCUCCGGAAGGUUACGUCUGUCUGGAAGACCAUUCGGCAGGGAAGGUUGUGGCCAACAGGACAGUGGACUAUGAGGAGGUGCAGUGGCUGAACUUCACCGUCCGCGCCUCCGACAACGGCUCUCCCCGCAGAUCCGCUGAGAUCCCCGUGUACCUGCAGAUCGUGGACAUCAAUGACAACAACCCUGUUUUCAGCCAGCCGUCCUACCAGAAAGCUGUCUUUGAGGACGUGCCCUUGGGUACGGUCAUCCUGAGCGUCACGGCCACCGAUGCGGAUUCCGGGCAGUUCGCUCUCAUCCAGUACAGCCUGAGCGACGGGGAGGGCAAGUUUGGGAUAAAUCCCAACACGGGUGACAUCUACAUCCUGUCAGCCCUGGACCGGGAAAAGAAGGAUCACUACACACUGACAGCCGUGGCCAGGGACAACCCUGGGGAUGUCUCCAGUAACCGUCGGGAGAACUCUGUGCAGGUGCUGAUCACAGUGCUGGACAUCAACGACGUCAGGCCCCAGUUCAGCAAGAGCCAGUUCAGCACCAGCGUGUACGAGAACGAGCCGGCGGGGACAUCAGUGAUCACCAUGAGUGCCACCGACCUGGACGAGGGGGACAACGGCGUGGUGACCUACAGCAUCGACGGUCCUGGAGCGGAGGCUUUCAAGAUCCAUAAAGACUCCGGGCUCGUCACAUCGCGGCGGCGCCUGCAGUCCUACGAGAGGUUCAACCUGACUGUGGUGGCCACGGACAAGGGGCAUCCCCCUCUCUGGGGCACCACCACGCUCCACAUCGAGGUCAUCGACAUCAACGACAACCGCCCCGUCUUCGUCCGCCCGCCCAACGGCACCAUCCUGCACAUCAAGGAGGAGAUCCCCCUGGGAUCCAACGUCUACGAGGUCUAUGCCACGGACAAAGACGAGGGUCUCAACGGAGAGGUGCUCUACAACCUGCUGAAAACAGGGGCAGGGAACAAGGACUGGGAGUAUUUCAGCAUCGACUCGGUCAGCGGGCUGAUCCAGACGGCCAAGCGGCUGGACCGGGAGCAGCAGGCCGUGUACAACCUGAUCAUCGUGGCCUGCGACCAGGGCCAGCCACCCUACGAGACCAUGCAGCCCCUCCAGAUAGAGCUCGACGACAUCGAUGACAAUGAACCCAUCUUCCUCAGGCCACCUAGGGACAGUCCCCAGUACCAGGCACUCUCUGUCCCCGAGCACUCACGGCCAGGCACCGUGGUGGGGAACGUCACCGGCGCGGUGGAUGCGGAUGAGGGCUCCAACGCCAUCGUCUACUACUUCAUAGCAGCUGGGAACCAGGAGAGCAACUUCCAGCUGAGCCGGGAAGGGAAGCUGAAGGUCAUGCGGGACCUGGACCGGGAGAAGGAGCCGUACCACUCCAUCAUCGUCAAAGCAUCCAGCCAGAGGAACUGGGCUCCUCCCCAGGGCCAGCAGGCAGCCAGAGCCCAGUUCUGGGACCUCAACGAGGACCUGACCCUGCAGGAGGUGCGGAUCUUCCUGGACGACAUCAAUGACCAGGCCCCCCAGUUCACCAAGUCGGAGUACACGGCGGGGGUUGCCACCGAUGCCAAGGUGGGGUCGGAGCUGAUCCGAGUGCUCGCAGUGGACGCCGACGUGGGCAACAACAGCCUGGUCCUGUACCACAUCCUGGGCAUCCGCUACAUCAAGCAGCACUCCAAUGACUCCGAGGAGGUGGCCAACAUCUUCAGCAUCGGAACCCUCGAUGGCAUCCUGCGAACCUUUGAUCUCUUCACGGCCUACAACCCUGGCUACUUUGUGGUGGACAUUAUGGCCUCUGACCUGGUGGGCCACAACGACACGGCCAUUGUGGGGAUUUACAUCCUGCGGGAUGACCAGCGGGUCAAGAUCAUCAUCAACGAGAUCCCUGACAGGGUCAGGCAGUUCGAGGAGGAGUUCAUCAGCCUGCUGUCCAACAUCACUGGUGCCAUCGUCAACACGGAUGAUGUGCAGUUCCACGUUGACAAGAAGGGCCGGGUGAACUUUGCCCAGACGGAGCUGCUGAUCCACGUGGUGAACAGGGAGACCAACCGCAUCCUGGACGUGGAGCGGGUUAUUCAGAUGAUAGACGAGAACAAGGAGCAGCUGAGGAAUCUCUUCAGGAACUACAACGUGCUGGACGUGCAGCCUGCCAUCACUGCCCGGGCACCCGACGACCUCUCAGCUCUGCAGAUGGUGAUCAUCGUGCUGGCCGUCCUGCUCUUCCUGGCUGCCAUGCUCUUCAUCCUCAUGAACUGGUACUACCGGACAGUGCACAAAAGGAAGCUGAAAGCCAUCGUGGCUGGCUCCACUGGGAACAGAGGCUUCAUGGACAUCAUGGACAUGCCAAACACCAACAAGUACUCCUUUGAUGGGGCCAACCCGGUGUGGCUGGACCCCUUCUGCAGGAACUUGGAGCUGGCGGCGCAGGCGGAGCACGAGGAUGACCUGCCGGAGAACCUGAGCGAGAUCACGGACCUGUGGAACAGCCCUGCCCGCACCCACGGCACCUUCGGCAGGGAGCCCUCGGCCGCCAAGCCCGAGGAUGACCGCUACCUGCGGGCUGCCAUCCAGGAGUACGACAACAUUGCCAAGCUGGGGCAGAUCAUGCGGGAGGGACCCAUCAAGCUGAUCCAGAAGGAGCUGGAGGACGAGGAGGAGGAGCGCAGCCCCGGCCAGGGCAGCCUGCGCUUCCGGCACAAGCAGCCGGUGGAGCUGAAGGGUCCGGACGGCAUCCACGUUGUGCACGGCAGCACGGGCACCCUGCUCGCCUCCGACCUCAACAGCCUGCCCGAGGACGACCAGAAGGUGCUGGGCCGCUCGCUGGAGACUCUGACCGCCGACUGCGGGGGCUACAGCGACCACAACGCCCGCACCGAGUCGGCCAAAUCCACGCCCUUGCACAAGAUGCGGGAGGUGAUCAUGGAGAGCCCUCUGGAGAUCACCGAGUUAUGACGAGCGCUGCUGCUGCUCCUCCAGGCAAGCCGGGGAUGAAGCACAGAGCAGGGGGCCGUGCUGGGGGCCGGGGGCAGCCCCAGAGCGGUGCUCGGCCCCCUCUCCCCCCGCAGGAGUCCGGGCUAGCCGGUGCACAUCGCUCCGGCAGCCCUGGAGAGCUUGGCCCCGGCAGAGAGGGCUCUCAGGACCGGAAUGCUUUUACUCGCCUGUCAUUUAUCCA